GAAUACGCCCUGAAAAGAAACGCAGCGAGGCACAUCAGUUCAUUUUUGUCGUGCAAACCAAACGGUUUUCCUCUCAUUUAUGCUCCGUCAUAAGCAUAAUUUUUUCUACAAACAAGCUGCCUCACUUUGAACAUUUUAGGAAAAUUAUCAUUUUCUCAUUGCUGAAUUUUCAAUAAUUUACACCAAUUUACGAAUUGUGUCCGCAUCUCAGCAGACAAUCAAAGUGUACAAUUAAUUUCUCAGUUCAGUUGUGCUUCGAGAUUAAAAAAAUAAUCCCAAAUUCAAUAUGGCAUUCCGUAUGAACGGUGGUGGCAAUCGCCGCAACGAUAACAACCGAAACUUCGAUCGUGGUUAUGGAAAUGGCGUCAAUCGUCAAAUCAAUCCCUGGGACAAUAACGCCGGAGGUGGCAAUUUUCGUCAAGGUGGCGGUGGCGGAGGCGGCAAUGUUAAUAACGAUGUUCUUUCAUUGGCUAAUAGUUUAGUCAAUAAUCUUCUUCGCGGAAAUCAGCCACCAUCUCUUCUGGAUUUACCACAACGUGGAGCUGGUUAUGGUAACCAAAUGAAUUUUGGUCGUUUUGACGAACGAAAUGGACGGAUGGGCAAUCGCAAUGCCAGUAAUAAUCGACGACCUGGACAAGGUGUACGUAAUAAUAAUGCCAAAUUUGGCGGACCUAUUAAAGGUGGCGGCAUUCGCAAACGUAAUCCUGUUGACCGCGCAAAGAAAGUUCUUGCUAAGAACGCCGCUUCUAAAGAUCCAGAUACUCCAGCUGAUUCAAAUGAAAAACCCAAAGAGAGUGCUAAGACCAACCAAAAGGACGCCGGAGCCAACAAGGAGGCCAACAAAAAAGAAUCGAAAUACGCAGAUGUCCCGAACGUCAUGUUCUACUGUCACAUGUGCAAGAAGCAUAUGUGGGAUGCAACUUCUUUUGAAAAUCACGUUAAGGGACGCACUCACUUGAUGAUGCGUGAAGGUGUCGAAGAAAGCUAUCGCUUGAAGGCAAACAUGAUUCGUCAAGAAGCUAAAAUUGAGGAACAAUUGAAGAGCAUCGAACUUGAACGUCUUAAGCGUAUGGGCAAGGCGGGCAAAGGAAAUUUCCGUCGCGAAUAUUGCACCAUGUGCGAUUUGAACUUCUAUGGACAUUUGACAGCCCAUCGUAAAACCGAUGGCCAUUUGAAUUUGAAGAAAUUCUUGCAUCCAAAAUGUUUGGAUUGCUCAUUGGAGUUCCCCAAUCGCAUCGAUUUUGACGGACACAUUCUGUCGCCCGAGCACAUGAAACGUGCAUUUAUCACUAAAGCCAACAAACCGGAGAAACGCAAGAAUCAGCUCACCAUUUACACCGAAGAGGAUGAGUUAAAGGACUUGAAGGAAGAAAAGGAGGAGAAGAAGAAGGAAAAGAAGACCACCGAAGCUGAUGAAUCGAUGGAAACAGAUGAAACAGCUGAAAAAGCAGAGGGUGAAGUUAAGAAGGAGAAUGGUGAAGAAGAAGCUGCUGAGAAAGAAGAAACCAAGGAAGGCGAAGAGGAGCCAGCAGCUGAACCAGUUGCCGAACCCGAUGACAUUAUUUUGGAUUAUGAAGAUGGUGACGAAAUUCCAACCGAAGUCGACGGUAGAAUUCCAAAAUACAAUUGCUCGCGACAGGUUGGCACCAGCCUAAUUCACAAAUUGGAUUGCUACGAAUGCUAUGUGUGCGGUCGUUUCUUCGACACUGAGAAAACGUCCGAGAUCCACACACGCACAGUUACGCAUCAUCGCAACUUUGUUAAAUUCUUGAAUGAAAAGGCCAACGACACAAAGAUUGCCCAGAAGCGUGCCGCAGCCGCAUUGGAAGAAAUCGAACGCAAGAAGAAGAAGUUGGAAGCUGCUGAGGCUGCCGCCAAUGCCACCGAAGAAGUAAAGCAAGAGGGUGAUGAGGCAUAUGAUCCAACUGAGACCACAGAAGAUCCAGACGACGAAGAAAAAAUUGACGAGCCAAUGGAGCAAGACGAAGAGCCGAAGGAACAACAACCCGAACCAGUCCCAGAAGUGGCCGCCACCGCCGCCGCCGCCAAUGGGACCGAAACUGAACAGCCGGCUGCAACCGAAGCACCAGCAGCUGAAGCCGUAGAGACAAAGGCAGCAGCUGUACCUGAUGAAGUUGCCACACCGAAACGAGUCCAACGAGCUCGUGGCAGAGGACGCAACGCUCGAUUGUAAAUCCAUCAAGCAAGCAUUGAACCAUUGAAAACAAAGCCGAAUAUGUCUUUGUGUGAACCGGUGUUCGACAACAAAAACGGAAAAAAUAAACAAAUUUGUAAUCAGUUUAUCGAUUGAAAGAAAAAAAAUCCAUACAAUCUGUCGCUUGACGUAGAGAAUUUUAAGUUGUUAAAUUCAUUCUUUAGGGAUAUUCAUAACAAAAACAAAAAACAAACAAAAUCUGCAUGAAAAUACAGCAUCUUAUGUGAAAAUUGAUGUAAUGAAUUUAGCUAAAAUCAUGAAGGAAAAAAAGAAUUUACUCCACCACCAUUGACAAAAACAGAAGAUUAUAAAAACAAAACAAAAUACAAAAACAACAAUGGAUACAAACACAAUGCAGUUACACACCGCGUACACUUGGAAUUAAUCGCAAAUUUAUGGUUACACAACGAGCGCUAUCAAAGUCUGAUGAAGAAUAAAAAAAAACAUGUUAUAAGAUCAUCGUUGAAAAUUCAACCAGCCCACAGUUUGAUAAAAUGAAUGAACACUUUCUUUUUCCUUUCGAACAUAAACAAAACGACAACAACAACAAAAACAUAAUUUUUUUUAGUCAUUGUAAUCAUGAAUAACUUCUACAGUAGACGAAAUCCACAAAAGUUGUAAUGUAACUAUCUAAUUGAUGUUCAUUGUGUCCCCAUCAUUAUUAUUUUUUUAAUCCUUUUUUUUUUAACCGCGCUUAUGUUUAGAUUUAUCUUAUACACAUAUACAAAUUUAUAAUAUUUUUAAGCUAUUAUAUAUCUCUGUAUUUCGACAACAUACCGUUUAAAAUGAAAAGCAUCAUUAAUAGACUUUACUCAGCAAGAAAUGAAAAAAAAGGAGAAAUGCAAGUAAAAUGUAAAGAAACUAAGAUACAUUUGAAGAGACACAAAAAUAAGUACGUGUAAUAAAUUCAACAAUUAUGAUGAAUAAUUGCGAU